AUGCGUCACCUGUAUCAAAUUCAGGCCCAACUGGUCAUCUCCCCAGUAUUUCCCGAUUCAAAAUCUAUUGACCCUAACAUUAUCGCCGUUAAGCUUAUUGGGGUAUGCGGUGCCCGUGCUAAUGCACACCACGGUGCUUUAAUUUUCACGCACUGCCUUACCAACCCAAAUAUCUUCGCUUACAAUGCCCUCCUCAAAGCAUUUGCUCAGAACAAUCUCUGGCAAACUACUAUAAAUCAUUUCAACAAGCAAUUGUUAACGUCUGAUGCUCCAGACCCAGAUGAGUACACCUUUACUUCCGUUCUCAAGGCUUGCGCUGGACUUGCCCGGGCGGUAGAAGGUGAAAAGGUUCAUUGCAUUGUCACUAAAUAUGGGUGUGAAUGGAACCUUUUUGUCCGUAACUCGCUUGUCGAUUUGUAUUUUAAAGUGGGUCAAAUUGGGAUUGCUCAGACGUUGUUUGAUCAGAUGAUCUCUAGAGAUAUUGUAUCUUGGAACACUUUACUUUCUGGUCAUUGUUUAAGUGGAAAUAUCGAUCAGGCAAGGUGGAUUUUCGAUGGGAUGGGUGAGAAAAACAUGGUUUCUUGGUCGACGAUGAUUAGUGGCUAUGCAAGGAUGGGCAAGUUAUAUGAAGCACGCCAGCUUUUUGAUAAAAUGCCAGAGAGAAAUGUAGUUUCAUGGAACGCAAUGAUUUCUGGUUACGCCCAAAAUGAGAAGUAUUCUGAUGCUAUAGUUUUAUUUCACCAAAUGCAACAACAAAGCAAUGUGGUGCCCAAUGAUGUUACCCUCGUUAGUGUAUUGUCUGCUUCUGCACAGCUUGGAGCACUUGAUUUAGGGAAGUGGAUCGAUAGAUUUAUAAAACGAAAUAAGAUCAAGCUGAGUCUGUUUUUAGGGAACUCGCUGGUUGAUAUGUAUGCAAAGUGUGGAUGUAUAGUGGAUGCUAGGCAUGUUUUUGAUUCAAUGCAGGAAAAGGAUGUGGCCUCUUGGACUAUUAUAAUCACUGGCUUAGCAAUGCAUGGGCAUGCAAAUGAAGCCUUCGGCUGCUUUAGAGAAAUGAUCGACCAUGGAAUGAGGCCAAGUGAUAUAACUUUCAUGGGGCUACUAACAGCAUGUACUCAUGCUGGACUGGUUGAUGAGGGGCUGGACUACUUUCAUAUGAUGGACCAAAUGUAUGGAAUUUCUCCUAAGAUUGAACACUACGGCUGUGUGGUUGAUCUUCUUAGCCGCACUGGUCAUCUGGAGAAAGCUGAGAAUUUCAUUAUCUCAAUGCCUAUGGAGCCUAAUGUCAUAGUUUGGGGUGCACUGCUUGGUGGGUGUAGGAUAUAUAAAGAUGCAGAGAGAGGUGCACGCGCAGCACAACGUAUUCUUGAACUGGAUCCUGACCACUCUGGAAGCUGUGUCUAUCUUGCAAAGAUAUAUGCUUCAAAGGGAAGGCUAGAUGAUGCAGCAAAGUGUAGAUUGAGAAUGCGAGAUAACGGAGUAAUGAAAACACCUGGGUGUAGUUGGAUAGAGGUGGACAAUACUGUUCAUGAGUUCUUCAUGGGAGAUUUGAUCUCACAUCCUCAGUCAGAGAAGAUAGAUUUAAUGAUUAGAGAGUUAAGAUGGAGAUUGAAGCUUGCUGGUUACAAACCUAAGACCGAUCUCGUGGUACAUAACGUGGAUGAAGAAGAAAAGGAGGAUGCUUUAUCCAUUCACAGUGAGAGGUUGGCAAUAGCAUUUGGGCUGAUUAGUACUAGUCGAGGAACGACCAUUAGAAUAGUGAAGAACCUGCGAGUUUGUGAUGACUGCCAUGAUGCUAUAAAGAUGAUCUCUCAACUUGUUCAAAGAGAAAUUAUUGUGCGUGACCGUAGUCGGUUCCACCAUUUCAGAGAAGGCACAUGCUCUUGCAAUGAUUUUUGGUAG